CUCCAGGUCAGGAAUAAUACGGUGACGUUUAACUGAUUCAAUAUGCCAAACGGCUUGUCGUUGGGAAGUCUACCUGCAGCUUCCAGUUCAGAGACCAGAAAAAUGGGAACAACACGUUUGACUAUAUUCAAUCUUUCUCUACAUGUAAGCUCUUCUGAGCAAGUUUUUUUUUUAUGAUUCGAUUGACAAGAAAUGGGAAGUAUUUCAAUCUUUCUCUUUACAACUGUAUUCCUCUCUCUGCGAUCAGCCACCUCAUCGCCGGCCAAUCACCGGUACAAUGUAGGAGAUCACGUCCCUCUCUUUGUUAACAAAGUGGGUCCUUUGCACAAUCCUAGUGAGACAUAUCCAUAUUAUAAUUUCCCAUUCUGUUGCCCAGAUAAUGUAAUUUUAAAGAAAGAAACUCUUGGUGAAGUGUUGAAUGGUGAUCGUCUAAGUAGUACUUUGUAUGAAGCAAAUUUCAGGGAGGAUAAAACUGGGGUGACCCUUUGUAAGAAGAAGCUUAAAAGAGAUGAAGUUUUGAGGUUUAGAGAUGCUAUUGUGAAUGACUUUUACUUCCAAAUGUAUUACGAUGAUCUCCCAUUAUGGGGUUUUAUUGGUAAAGUUGAAGAGCAGAGUUGGGUUGUUGGUGAGAGGAAGUUUAGGUAUUAUCUGUUUAAACAUUUGCAGUUUGAUGUUCUUUAUAAUGGCGAUAGAGUCAUUGAAGUAAGUGCUUUCAGUGAUCCUAAUCAUGCUGUCGAUAUUAGCGAAGAUGCUGACUUAGAUGUUGAGUUCACUUAUUCAGUUCUCUGGAAUGCAACCUCAGCUUCAUAUGGGACUAGGAUGGUUAGAUAUUCAAGGGCUUCAUUACUUCCAAUACACCAGCAGAUUCAUUGGUUCUCCUUUGUUAAUUCGAUUGUCAUCAUUUUGCUCUUGAUGGGAUUGCUUAUUGGGCUCUUUAUGCGGCGUCUCCGGAAUGAUUUGAGAAAGUGUUCCAGUGGAGAUGAAGAAGAAGAUAAAGAGGUUGGAUGGAAAUAUAUUCAUGGUGAUGUUUUCAGAUACCCUCAAGACAUGUCCUUGUUUUCUGCUGUCUUGGGCGUGGGUACCCAACUGCUGACAGUGGUUUGCUUUUUAUUUGUACUCGCAUUUAUUGGUGUCCUCUAUCCUUACAACCGUGGAGCUUUAUGCAAUUCUUUUGUCUUCGUUUAUUCUCUUACAUCUGUGGUUGGGGGGUACACCGCAUCAUCUUUCCACAAUAAGUUUGCUGAAACUGGAUGGAAAAGGGGUGUUCUUCUGACUGGGAUUCUGUACCUGGGUCCUUUGUUUGUGAUACUUUCCAUUUUGAAUAUUAUCGCCAUGUCAUAUGGGGCCACAGCUGCAAUUCCGUUUGGAACCAUUGUGGUGAUUCUUCUCAUACACAUAUUUUUAACUGCUCCGUUGCUUGCCUUUGGAGGCGUGAUUGGGUACCACUUCAGGUCUGAAUUUCAAGCACCUUCUACAACAAAAAGAUUCCCAAGGGAGAUACCACCAUUAGGAUGGUAUAGAAAAACACCUUGUCAAAUAUUUCUUGCGGGUCUUUUAUCUUGUAGUGCGGUUGUCCUCGAGUUACACCACUUAUAUGCAAGCUUGUGGGGCUAUAAAAUAUGCACGUUGCCCAGCAUUUUGUUUGUCACUUUCAUCAUACUUAUCUUACUUACUGCAAUCUUGAGUGUUGGGAUGACGUACAUUCAGCUUUCUGCAGAAGACCAUCAAUGGUGGUGGAGAUCUGUGUUGUGUGGGGGCUCACCUGCCAUUUUUAUGUUUGGUUAUUCUAUCUUCUUCUUGGCCAGAUCAAGCAUGAGCGGCUUCUUGCAGCUAUCAUUCUUCAUUGGGUAUAAUGCUUGCAUGUGCUAUGCAUUCUUCUUGAUGCUUGGUACAAUUAGUUUCUGUGCUUCCUUCAUGUUUGUUUCGCGCAUUUACCAUGCUGUUAAGAGUGAAUGAGUGUCCGUCCUUUCUGCUCGGUCCUUGUGUGGUAAACUCUUCCUCAAAGGUUGAAGAAGGGAGAGAGAGAGAGAGAGAGAGAGAGAGAGAGAGAGAGAGGAGGAGCAAAGAUUUAGUUAUUCUUGUUGUAACAUCCAUUAAUUUUUUUCUGCGUGGAAGGAUACAAUGACCAAGGUAUAGAACAGCAAGAGAGGAAAUCACGUGUCUGUAGCUUUGGAAGAUCAUUAAUAUUUAAGACAACUUGAAUGAUAUUCAAAUAGAUUAUCCAUUCCUUGUUGACA